GCUGCUUCUUCUUCUUCUUCUUCUUCUUUUUCUUCUUUUUCUUCUUUUUCCUCCUUCUCGAUCGAUCAUCGAUCGCCGCCGAUCUUCGUACUUUCCGAUUCGAGUGGCCGACCCUCGGUCCGUCGCUUCGCCGUUUUCGCUAAGGUUCGCUUCGCCGUUUUCGCUAAGGUUCGCAUCGCUUCUCUUUCCGACGCUCUCCCUCCGUAUCAGUUUCUAGCGAAGUAGCGACGAGGAAGAAGUUCCCCCCCGGUUAGGGUUUUCCGUUCUUCUUUCGACGAUGACGAUGACGAUCUACCGCUCGCCGCCGGAGGGUUUUCCAGGAAGUGGUUGCCCGCCGCUGACGACGGCGAGGGCCGUCGGGCUUGCGGCGUUUGGUAGUCGUUCGCGGCGAUUGUUAGGGUUUCUUAUUCCCGAAGGAAUCGGGGGUUUUGUUCCGCCUUGAAGGAGGAUCGGGAAAUUAGGUUUGAUUACUGGAAUUUAUGUUGAAAAGGCUCGGACGAUGCGACGUGGUUGUCGACAUCUACUGUCUCUACUUCGUUUUCUAGAAUUUUAUUCGCUUCUGCUUCUGCUUCUGGGUGAAUUUGAUUUGGUUGGAACCGAAACGAAAGAGAUGGGAAUCAUGAUGGAUGGAUGGAUGGAGAUGUUUAUCCAUUCUCUUAUAGGUCGAACAUUGUUCGUAUUGUUGGUGAUAAGAGGAAUUUAAAUACUUGGGAUUGCUGACUACAGCGGACCUUGGCUUUUCUGCAAAAGGGAUCUUCUUGCCAAGAACGAGUUCUGAUGCUUUGAGUUAACUUUGGAUAGGUCGUUCAGUUCGGCGAUUGAUAGCAUGGCUAUUAAGACAGCAAGGAGUACUGUGGGUUGGCCACACGAUUCAGCUGCUCACUAUAAAGCGCCAACAAGCCGCAGAAGAGUUUGCACUUACUGGUUAGCAGGGAAAUGCAACCGGAAUCCCUGUAGGUUUUCGCACGAUGCAUCUCUUCCGCGCAAUGUUUACCAUCGAGCUGCAAAGCAGUCCAGUCAUAUGGCUGAGGAUUGCCCUGGGAGGAAGCGCCCUGAAUGUAGUCCAGUGAAUUCGGCAAUUUCAACUUCUGGAGGGAGGAGAAACCCUCCAAAGCCCCUAGAAAAACUAUGCCAUCACUGGAUAUUUGGCAACUGCGUGAAAGGAGAUGCAUGUCCUUUUUUGCAUUCAUGGUUUCAUGGUGUUGAUUUUGCUAUGUUGGCAAAGCUUGAGGGCCAUAAAAAGGGUGUUUCUGGGAUAGCACUUCCUUCCGGAUCUACUAAGCUCUACUCUGGAAGCAAAGACGGAACGGCUAGAAUCUGGGACUGUCACACUGGUCAAUGUGAUCAGGUGAUCAACCUUGGAGGAGAAGUUGGGUGUUUUACUUGUGAAGGUCCUUGGGUGUUUGUUGGCCUGCCCAAUACUGUUAAGGCAUAUAAUAUCCAGAAUGGUGCUAGCUACAAUAUCAGUGGACCAGUUGGACAGGUUCAUGCUCUGGAAGUUGCUAAUGACAUGCUUUUUGCUGGAGCCCAGGAUGGCACUAUCUUGGUGUGGAAAGGAGGUAGCGAGGCUGAUCCUUUUCAGAUGGCUGCGCCUCUCAGGGGCCACAUGAAGGGCGUGGUAUCAUUAACUGUUGGGCGCGACCGGUUGUAUUCUGGUUCCAUUGACCGGACCAUAAGGGUGUGGGACUUGCACACUCUGGAGUGUGUUCAGGAACUUGUUGGACACACUGAUGUGGUGAUGUCACUUCUUUGCUGGGACCAGUACCUGAUAUCCUGUUCAUUGGAUAAGAAAAUUAAGGUCUGGGGGGUUGCCACUGAAGGAGGCAGCUUGGAAGUUGGCUAUACACAUCAUGAGGACCAUGGAAUUCUUGCACUGUCAGGGACGAUUGAUGCACGUGGUAAGCCGGUCCUUCUCUGUGCAUGCCUUGACAACACUGUUCGGUUGUACGAGCUCCCAUCGUUCACCGAAAGGGGCAAGAUAUUCUCAAGACGAGAAGUUAGGACUCUUCAAACGGCUGCCGGAGGCCUAUUCUUCACUGGAGAUGCUGCGGGGACAUUGACCGUUUGGAACUGGUUGGAUUCUCCAAAGAGCCAAAAAGAGCAGCUUCCUCAACCGAUGGAGUCAUGCUAAGUAGAAGACAGAAUCAAGCUAUUGACAUUGGAGUUCAAAUUUCGCAAGGAAGACAAUGUCAUCUAUGCUACGAUGCAACUGGGAUUGUGAUUUAGAGCAAGAAACGGGACGGCUGUACCUACUUACUGUCUGGCCCGCAAUACCAGUUUUGGGCUGUCUUUUUUGUAUAGACAUUGAUUUUUUUGACAGCAACGGCUGGACUUGUAUAUGAUUCCUGAUUAGCAAUUGAAAUGUCUCUUGCUUGUCGAAUGGAAACCUUGUUUUUCCUUCAAAA